AUGACGAAAUGGAUUUUCGUCUCCAUCAUCAUCUUGGUUGUUUCUGUUACAAGCUCUUUCAUCCUCGAAAUUGAUCUUUUCAGAAUAGCAAGCACUAGUCUUACUAUAUUCAAUUCACAACAACCUAAAUUCCCACUUUAUUGCUCUGAUGGGAAGUUAACAACUUGUUCAUCAAACUAUCCAACAAACAUUGAGUUUGAAGAUGAUUCAUCAUCUACAUCAUGUCCAGAUUACUUUAAAUGGAUUCAUGAAGAUCUAAAACCAUGGGAGAGUACAGGAAUCACGAGGGAAAUGAUUGAAAGAGGCAAAAACAUUUCACAUAUUAGGCUUGUAAUUGUAAAUGGAAAAGCUUAUAUAGAAAAGCAUGGCAAGGUGUUUCAAACAAGAGAUUUGUUCACAAUAUGGGGAAUUUUGCAACUCCUAAGGUUGUAUCCCGGAAAAAUACCAGAUUUGGAGCUACUGUUUCAAUGUGGAGACAAGACUGUGGUAAACAAAAAUGAUUUCCAAGAACCACAGAUUUCACCUCCACCUGUGUUCCAUUACUGUGGAGAUGAAAAUUCGUAUGACAUUGUCUUCCCUGAUUGGACCUUCUGGGGUUGGGCUGAGCUUAACAUAAGACCAUGGGAAGCAACAUUGCAUAAUAUACAAGAAGGCAACAAAAUAGUCAAAUGGAAGGAUAGGAUACCCUAUGCUUUUUGGAAGGGAAACCCAAAAGUGUCCUAUGUUAGGGGAGAACUUGGCAAGUGCAACGCCACAGAAAAACAUGACUGGAAUGCAAGAAUAUAUGGCAUACAAUGGCAGCAUGAGAAAGCAAGUAAUUUUGAGAACUCAAAACUGGAAAAUCAAUGUACCUUUAGAUAUAAGAUCUAUACAGAAGGAGCUACAUGGUCUGUAAGUGAAAAGUACAUAAUAGCAUGUGACUCAAUGACCAUGUUCAUAGAGCCUAAGUAUUAUGACUUCUUUACAAGAAACAUGUUACCUUUGCGACACUAUUGGCCUAUCAGCAUCAGAAACAUGUGCGAAGAGAUCAAGUAUGCAGUGGAUUGGGGAAAUGCUCACCUUGACAGUGCACAAGCGAUUGGCAUGCAAGGAACCAACUACAUCGUAGAGAAUUUAAAGAUGAAGUUUGUGUAUGAUUACAUGUUUCAUCUAUUCAAUGAGUAUGCAAAACUCUUGAAAUUCAAACCAACUAUACCUACCGGAGCUGUUGAAACCUGCUCUGAAAAUAUGGUUUGUCCCCUGCGUGGUUUAAAGAAACGUCUUUUGGUUGAGUCCAUGGUGACUUCACCAAGUGAGACACCUCCAUGUACAAUGCCUCCUCCUUAUACACCCGAAGCUUUGCAAGAGUUUCUUCAAGAAAAGAAAAAUCUAUUCAAACAAGUGAAGACAAGGAAGAUAAACAUAAAACAAUAA